CGUACUGUUCUGAAUCAGAGUCAUCACCAGGUUUGGAGUAAAGUCCACUAUGGGUCAAUGAUAUGAAAUACGAACACACAAAAAUAAAACACAACACAGAGAGGAGCAACAGCAAGACGCUCGCAACAAUGGAGAGCACAUCCUCAUUUUUAAAAUCGGUAACCAAGCGAGUGUGGUCGCCGGUGCAGCGACCUUUCAGGGUGUGUUGUCACAACAGAGAGAUCAGGAAGGGCAUCACAGCCGGAACCCUGGAGGAGCUGAAAGAAAGGGUAUGCCAGGCGCUGCUGCUGUCCCUGUCUGCACUGUCCGUUUCUCUGGUUUGUGAGGAGGACGGUACAGAAGUCGACUCUGACGAGUUCCUAAUAACGCUGCCUGACAACACCACUCUCAUGGCCCUGGAGCCUGGACAGACAUGGAGACCACAGACUGGUGCGGUCGUGGCCAAAUCUCAAGAUCACAACAAGCCUCGCAAUGGGAAAGACAUCGCUCGAGUCACCUUUGACCUUUACAAGAUGAGUCCUAAAGAUCUAUUUGGCUCUCUGAGUGUGAAGGCCACAUUUCAAGGCCUGUACUCUGUGAGCGCUGACUUCCAGUGUCUUGGGCCCAAGAAAGUCAUCAGAGAAGCUCUGCGUGUGGCCUCCACCCUCCUUCAGGCUGCCGGACACCUGCUCAUCACUUCAGCGUCCUUGAUCCGACGUGUUAUUGAAGGAGCAGAGUUUUGGCAGCCACAGAGAGCAGAGUACACAGCCAGGUGGAACUGAACAAGUAACAGAGAUUAACUAAGUCUGAUAACAAUUAAUGGCUGGUUAAAUAAGAACUUGUAGGUUUGUCUGACUUGUUCUUAUCCUCACGAAAUAAACAUGGCAUGAACAUCUCUUUAGAUAUAUAUAACACUGAUAUUAAAGGUUUAGCGUGUAAAAUUUGGGUGAAAUAAUCUUUAAUUGGCCUAAAUUUUAUAUAAAAUAACUUUAUUUAAUUUUCUUUUACAUGUGUGCAAUCACCUGAUUUUAUGAAUUGCUGUUUUUCAUUACCCCAGAAUAGGCCUUUUAUAUUUAUAUAAGGAGCUGGCUCAGCCCUACAGAGGCAGCCAUUUUAGACCACCAUGUUUUUACAGUAGCCCACAAUGGACAAACUGAACAUAUUUUGCACACUCUACCUUUUUAAACAAUCUACACAAAAUGCAAAUCUGUAACCAUUUUACAUUGGAAACUGUCUUUAGUAACAACAGAGUAAAGUUAACAAAAGCAGGUAAUUAUUCUAUUUUUAUCCAGAAAUAGUGUCAUAUAAUCUGCUCACAAACAGGAUGUGGUGAUAAUCUUUUUUGAUCUGCAACAUUGUCUCCUUUUGAAAAAGAGUGUUUUCAUGAGGUCACACUCGAACAAUAAACAAAGUAAAUGUUUUAACUUGAA